AUGCCAUCUCACCGCCACUCGCGCUCCACCCUCAGUGACAUCGAUUCCUCCAUUGACCACCUUGACAAUGGACCUUACCACCCUCGUUGGUUUGCAUGUUGUGUAUGGUCAUGCCUUGUUGUGUUCUUCUUGAUCAUAGUCUUUCUCUUUCUAUGCAUCACCUACUUGUCGUUUCUCAAGUCAGGGAUGCCAAUAGUUUAUUUGAGAUCCUUCAACGUAACCGAGUUUCAAGUAGAUAAAGGGUCAAGAAAGAUGAAUGCUGUUAUAGGGUUAGGGCUACUGUUCUCUAACACGAAUGAUAGGCUUAAGCUUUUGUAUGGACCUCUUUUUGUUGAUGUCAGAAGUGAGGAUAUGGUGUUGUUGGGGAAGAACAAUGUUGGUGCCUUCUCUCAAAUGCCCUUGAAUGACACCAAUUUGGAAAUUAUUACGACGGUGAACAAUGUAGAUGUUGACGGUUAUGCUGCAGAUGAUUUGAAAGAAGAAUUCAACGCCAAUGAGAUGGUGUUUGAUGUAUAUGCGGGAGGACAUAUUGGUUUUAAGGUUGGGAAGAUGGAGAUGAACAAUGUUCCAUUUCUAGCUUCUUGCCAUCAAAUCAAGAUGAUGGAUGUGGAUUUUGAAAGAAGACCUCCAUGUGAUAUUAAGCUCUUUGCUAGCAGGUAA